AUGCGCUCUGUGCUCUCCAGAAACCUGCUGAAGAGCAUAAGGCAUUCAUCCCGAAGAAACUACCAUGCUUCGGUGCUCCCGUCGCUAAUAUCGACCUCGUCGCCUGAGUUUACAGCGAAAUCCGAGGCGAUGGAGGCCCUUAUAUCUGACCUAGAUGCAAAGAUGGCCCAAGCACGCCUUGGUGGUGGUCCGAGGGCGACGGAACGUAUGCGGAGCAAGGGCAAGAAACUCCCUCGAGAACGUCUGAGCCUUCUACUUGAUCCUCAUUCCCCCUUCCUUGAAUUGUCGGCAUUGGCAGCUCAUGAGGUGUACCCGGAAUCAAUACCCGGAGCGGGUAUUAUCACUGGAAUAGGUAGGAUAGCGGGGAGGGAAUGCGUGAUUGUGGUCAAUGACGCGACUGUGAAGGGAGGGUCGUAUUACCCGUUGACCGUCAAGAAGCAUCUACGCGCGCAGGAAGUUGCACGAGAGCAUGGUUUGCCAUGUGUCUACAUUGUUGAGUCCGGCGGAGCUGCCUUGCCGCACCAGGCGAAUGUGUUCCCAGACAAAGAACACUUCGGUCGCAUCUUCUAUAACAUGGCGCAAAUGUCUGCCCUCGGAAUCCCUCAGAUAGCCGUUGUGCAUGGUAUCUCGGUAGCAGGUGGCGCGUAUGUGCCAGCUAUGGGUGAUGAGAAUAUUAUCGUUCAGAACCAAGGCCGUAUAUUCUUAGCUGGUCCGCCGUUAGUCAAAGCGGCUACAGGCGAGGUGGUCGAUGAAGAGACGCUCGGUGGUGGACUGAUGCACUCGAGUGAAAGUGGUGUUACGGAUCACCUAGCGAGGGAUGACGAACAUGCUCUUGCCAUUGCUAGAGGCAUUGUUGGCGACCUUGGUCACGCUGGGAGUGUGGAAGUCGGCCCCGAUGCAACUCCAGAAGAGCCACUUUAUGAUGCCUCAGAACUUCAUGGCAUCGUUGGCACCGACGUACGACAAGCCUUCGAUAUGCGUGAUGUCAUUGCGCGUAUUGUCGAUGGCAGUCGCUUCCGUGAGUUUAAGAAAGAGUAUGGGACAACCAUGAUCACCGGUUUUGCCCACAUACACGGCUACCAAGUUGGAAUUGUCGCGAACAACGGCAUCCUGUUCUCUCCAUCCGCGUUGAAGGCCACACAUUUCAUCCAGCUAUGUUCGCAACGGCAAAUACCCUUGUUAUUCCUCGUAAAUGCCACCGGCUACAUGGUAGGGUCAAAAGCUGAGAAAGGAGGCAUAGCCAAAGAUGGUGCUAAAAUGGUCCGCGCCGUCGCAUGCGCAGAUGUCCCCAAGUUGACUGUUGUUGUUGGCGGGAGCUUCGGUGCUGGAAACUAUGGCAUGUCAGGACGAGCUUAUUCGCCGAGAUUCUUGUGGAUGUGGCCGAAUGCGAAAGUAUCAGUCAUGGGUUCCGGACAAUUAUCGCAAGUCAUGGCAUCCGUAUCAGAUAAUCCUGCCCAGCAUGCUUCGCUAGAGGCCGAGAUCGAAAGACAAUCAACGGCCCUCUACUCUACUGCCCGACUAUGGGAUGAUGGUAUCAUCAAGCCAACGGAUACGCGAGACGUUGUUGGACUCGGGCUAGCUCUGGCUGCCCGAAAGAGGCAGAGUGGAACUGGAAAAGGCUCAUCGGGAUCAACAACGUGGGACGGUGCUGGAAACGGAUUUGGUGUAUAUAGAAUGUAG